AUGCAACCGGCCCGUUCAGUCAAAGGAGGCUUUGCCCGGCUGCUUCACAUGGAGGCUUUGACGGCCCGGCGUCUGUCUGGCACGGCAAAGUCCAACGGAGGCUGCGAUGCCUGCCGCCGGCUGCUGGGCGUGGGCCACCGGGUCACUCGUCAGGCGCUUCGCCGGGCCUUCCUUGCAGCAGCCUGGAAGCAUCAUCCCGACGGCCUUGGCAAAGGAGACUUCGCCGAGCUGCGCCGCUGCUAUGAGCUCUUGCUCGAUUACUGCGAGACUUCGGAUUCAGGGCAGGAUGAGCAAACCUCCCUGGAUUCCCUUGACGUGCAGGAGGCGGUGCAGGCCAAACGUGUGCGGGCUGCUCAACGACGAGGGCCCAGAGCUGCGGGAAACACCGGCGGAGCACGCUGGGCCUCUGCACGCUCGACCGGGGCUACCACCCUGGCUGUCUCGGCUCCUGACCGACUCGAGGUACGCGUGGAACUGGCCCUCACCGCCUCGCCGCUACCACCCUUCCUCUGGGCCACCGCGGCGGCCGCAGGUCAUGGGCCCUGGCACGAACGCCCAGGCUUGUCAUUCUGCGGCUUCUACUACCGCACCGUCGACUUCAACGCUGCACCGGCCUUUGCGCAUACGAAACUCCGCUUCUACCUCUUCUGGAGCCGGUUCUUCAGUGAUUGGAAGAUUGCUGGCGCGCUGAGCGAGAAAGGUGCAACCACAGCUUUCUUUGAUGGGAGUCGUGAGGACCCUCCAUGGGGACGUGCUGUGGAUGGUGAUCCAAAGCCGCAGCAGUGGGCUGUUUGGGACACUGAUGCUGAUUCUUUCGCAAAACGCUCUGUGCUUAUAAGGCCAGUGGCGCGUGCCUAG